GGCCCGGCCCCGCCGGGAGCCCGCCGUGGAGCUGGAGCCGCACCUGGAGCCGGCCCUGGAGCCGCGCCGCGGGGUCCCCGAGCCCCGCAGCCGGCGCAUGAUGAACUCCCUGCUGUUCGGCGAGAUGGCGCUGGCCUUCGGCUGCCCCCCGGGCGGCGGCGGCGGCCCGGGCGGCGGGGGCGCAGGCGGCGGCGGCGCGGGGCCCGGGCCGUCGCCCGUGACCGCGGCGCUGCGGGACGACCUGGGCUCCAACAUCUACCUCCUGAAGGGGCUCAACGUGCGCUUCCGCUGCUUCCUGGCCAAGGUGCACGAGCUGGAGCGGCGCAACCGGCUGCUGGAGAAGCAGCUGGAGCAGCAGCAGAGCGAGCGCGAGCGCCGGCUGCGUUACAAGACCUUCUCCCGCGAGCAGGCGGUGCAGACGGGCCCGGAGCUCGCCCUGGCCCUGGCUCGCGCCGCCGGCCCUCACCCCCCGCAGCAGCAGCCGCCGCCGCCGCCGCCGCCGCCGCUCGGCGCCAACGGCAACGUGCCCCCGGGCGCCUGCGGCUCGCACCCGCAGCACUACAGCCGCCUGCCCGGCACCAUCUGGAGCUACACGCAGGUCCGGCGCACGGGCGGCGGCGGCGUGGAGACCGUGCAGGGCCCCGGCGUGUCCUGGGUGCACCCCGACGGCGUGGGCGUGCAGAUUGACACCAUCACCCCCGAGAUCCGGGCCCUCUACAACGUGCUGGCCAAGGUGAAGCGGGAGCGGGACGAGUACAAGAAGAAGUGGGAGGAGGAGCUGGCCAAGCGCAUGAACCUGGAGACCAUGGUGGAGACCCUUCAGGAGGCGGCCCAGGAGGCUGAGGCCAUCCAGGAGCAGAUGAAUGAGAAGAUUGAGCGGCUGAAGGCUGAGCUGGUGGUGUUUAAGGGGCUGAUGAGUGAUCCCAUGACAGACCUGGACACAAAGAUUCAAGAGAAGGCCAUGAAGGUGGACAUGGAUAUCUGCCGGCGAAUCGAUAUCACGGCCAAGCUGUGCGAUGUCGCACAGCAGCGGAACUCGGAAGACGUGUCCAAGAUCUUUCAGGUAGCAUCCAAGAAGAAGGACCGUAAGGUAACCACAGAGGACGACAUUUCUGAGCAGGAUGGGGAGGUCACCAGGCUGUCAGAUGAUGAGGUCAGCUCCAUGAACAUUACGGAUGAAAUGAAGCGCAUGUUCAACCAGCUGAGAGAGACUUUUGACUUUGAUGACGAUUGCGACAGUCUGACCUGGGAAGAGAAUGAGGACACCUUGCUGCUCUGGGAGGACUUUACGAACUGCAACCCAUCCAUUGACCUGCAGGGAGAGCAAGAGGAAAAUUUGGGCAACUUGAUUCAUGAAACUGAGUCCUUUUUCAAGACGAGAGACAAGGAAUACCAGGAGACAAUAGGCCAGAUUGAGUUGGAGCUCGCUACGGCCAAGAGCGACAUGAACCGUCACUUGCAUGAAUACAUGGAGAUGUGCAGCAUGAAGAGGGGCCUGGAUGUCCAGAUGGAGACAUGCCGCCGACUCAUCAAGGGCUCUGCAGACAGGAACUCGCCGUCCCCCAGCUCUAUGGCCAGCAGUGACUCAGGAAGCACAGAUGAAAUCCAGGACGAGUUUGAGAGAGACCCUGAUGUGGAGCCAAUGGUCAGCUGAUGAACCUCGGGGAGGGUGCCUGGAGAGUUGGGGGGAUGAGGGAGCCAGCACUGACCACACCCUGGAGGACUUCCGCCACUCGCCCUCCCCCACCCCCCAUCCGGGGCUUCUGCGGACUGCUGCUUCCCACCGCCCGCCCACCGCCCACCUCCUCCUCCAUCCACUCGCCCCCCCACCCCCCACCUGAGGAUUGGUGCUGUCAAUUUCUAUUCUACACUACAAAUGCGAACUCUGUCCGGAGAUACGGUGUUAAUUGUGCCUUUCCCCUUAAGCUGAGCCGCUUAAAGAACUCUUCCGAGCUGGUUUUUUUAUAUACAAUUACCAGACGGGGGCAGAGGCCCCUGGGUGGCAUAGAUGGCAUUUUGUACCCUCCCACCUGCUGCACUGAUUGGCAGUACUCCUUGCCUGCUCUGCCCUGUCCUGCCCCACUGGCCCCUGACCACUCCAGGGGGAGAGGUGGGGGCCUUGGCUCCCAAAUCCCCUGCAGAGGAAGGGGUGGAGGGAAUCUCCCAGAUAUUUGCCACGGAAGAAAGGAUCUGUGCUGCCGAUGCUUUGGGGAAGGAGGAAGAGUGGGGAAAAUGCCCCCACCCCUUUUUUUUUUCCUCUGCCCAAGUAACAAAAAGACAAGGCAUGGGGGGAGGGGGGGAAGGGAAUGAUUGACACUGUGUUCAAACUACUAUGCAAAAAAAAAAAAGAGAGCUCGCCUUAUUUAUAGAUGAAAUAUAUACAUAUUUCCCUCUCCCCGCCCCUACCUUAGGUUUUUCUCUGAACUGGGGAGAGAGGCUGCGGGCAAUCUCUCCAACUGCCCCAAAGGCUUAGCUGUGACUUUGCUUCCAGGGAUGCUGAUUUUUUAGCUGUGUAACCUUAGACAAGUCCCUUCCCUUCUCUCCACCUCCGUUUGCCCCUCUGUAAAAUAGGAAUAGGGAGGUGGUGAAUUAAGCUGAGACUGAAAGUCCCUUCUAGGGGCCACGGUUGAGAGGGUGCUUUUAGCUUAUUGAGGCUGAGCCUCCUCCAAAUAGUAUUGUGGGUGGGAAUCAGUAGAAUUGCUCUUCCUCCCACAGGGACUAGAUGCAACACUUUCUCUGUGAGAAGGUAGGGGUCGGUGGCGUCAGGUGGUGUCACCCUGGAAGUAGAAUAGCACUGUCUGGUUCUUCGACGUUGGGAUCUUUUCCCCUUACACCACGGCAAAGAUAAUGGCGCCAUCUUGCUUUCUCAUCCCUGGGCUGGCUGUAGCCACUGAUAGGAGACCGUCCAAGUGGAGGCCAGGGAGGGAUGUUAGGGCCUUGGUGUGGUUCUGCGGAAGCCAGAUGGGGAACAUCUCUUGCCUGUUUUAGCCCCCCACCAUUUGUAAGAUGUGGCCUCUGUACUAUGAUACUGACUGACUGACCGACUGACAUGGGAAGUCGAUGCGACCGAGUGAGAUGGUAUCUCCCUGGUAAUUGGGUCUGGAUUGGUACCGAGUGAGAUGCACUGACAUCUCAGCCCCUUGCCAGUCCCCAAAGUAGACUUGAAAAAAAAAAUGUGUCCACUGCCA